AUGAUUCAGAGCGCAAUGAUAUUGUCUCAAAAUCUUCCAUUUUUCUUAAGUGAAAUAAUUGAAAAAGGACUCGAAAAAGAAAAGAAAGAUGAUGCUGAUCGACUUUUUAAUGAAUUGGUAUAUGUAAAUGAUUGGUGCACAUCUAUAUCAGCUAUGCAUAAUAAUCCGUUAAUAAAGCUUGCUAAAUUGUAUAUGGAAUACUUCCAAAAACUUAAGAAUUCUAUGUAUAAUAACGAAAAUAACGCGAACUCUUAUUUCAUUAUUCCAACUGCUAUUCCACCAAAUGUAUAUACAAAAUGGGAUGUUGAAAAGAAGGAUGAAAAACUUGAAACAACGGAUAAACCUAAGAUUCAAGAAGAAAAAGAAGUCUUCAUAGAAAAACCUACAAAAUUUUCUGAAACAAAAGAUUCUCACACUGGAAAAGUUGUUUCCAAAAUUAUGGUUGAUAUUACAACAGAUGAUAUCCAAAAGAAUAUAAUUGAAUCAAUGAAAUUUUCAUCAAAUGAGAUUAAACUAAGACUGACAGAAAACGAGUUAGGAGAAGAUUCUACAUCUCAAACAGUCGGACAAAACCUGGAUAUUUCAAAAGUAGAAUGCAUUAUCAAAUGUGCUCUUCCUCUUGCAUCUGCAAUCAUGCGCAAAUUCAUUAACUCAGGGAUCUCUCUUGGAAACAAAGAAGUUGCUAUCUUGUUAGAUUCAAGCAGUACAAUCAAUGAAGCAAAUCAUAGGAAUUCUGUUUUCACAAUGUUUGUUUCGAUGGCUAUUGCAUUUGAAAAUCUCCAUAUCCCAACAAAUCUCUAUGUUUUCUGUGAUACAAGAUUCCAAUUCUUUGUGAAAUCAAGUAAACAACUCCUUAAGAGAGAGCACAUCCAAGUUGCACUUGAUGCAUUCAGUGUGUUCAGAAAGAUUUCAAAUGUUGGAGAUGCAAUUUCCAAGAUUAAGAACCAUGAUGUUUCAACAGUUUUUGUUAUCACUGAUGGACUUCUCUACAAUCUUCAUGAUACUCAAGGAUAUCAAGACCUUCUAAAAGACAGGCGAAUCAAAAUUAAUUUUCUUGUUCUAUCCGUCUUAAAAGAUGAAGAUUUUGAAACAAUGAAGAAUUACAUCGAUAAUUCUCUCAAAUUGAUCAAUGAGAAGAAUGCAAUGAUGUUUGCAAGCUAUAUCAAAGGACUUGAAAAAGCAUUCAAAAGUUCAGGUGAUUUAGCAGAUAUCAUCAACAAAGGAUUAUUGAUCGAUAACAAAGUUUCGCACCACCAUACUACAGAUUUCAAGACAUGUACAAUUUGUGAUGAAGCAAACUUUGAAUUCAAAGAUAUUGAUGUUUCUUCGAAGAAAUACAGUUCAAGAUACAACGAAGCUCUUGAAUUUAGUCCAGAUGAAAUCUUUGAUAUCCCUCAAAUUGAAGAUACUCAGUUCAUCACCAGAUGCAAGAAACAAAAAGAAAUUUCAUUUGAUGGAUUGAGCCAAAUAA